AUGAAGGUUUCCGACGUAGACUUACCGGUACCAAAAUUUCGGCGACGCGAUUCGAAAAGGAAAGAGGAUGAAGUCAAAGAAUGGAGUGAGAUACCAUCAAGUGAAAAACGUCUAUUCAUCAUCGCCACAUUUCUCCGUUUAUUAACAAUUCUUUUCAUUCUUUUCGUCUAUAUUUGCUCGCUCGCUCAAAUCGCCACAGCUUUCUCGUUGAUUGGCAGUUUUGGAUUAGGUCAUGCAAUCAAAGAUUCCCCACUUCUCCAAGAUCCGAUCUCGGGUCUCAUUUUGGGCAUGGUUACAACGGUUGUCCUUCAAAGUCCCACCGCCACUGUGACCGUUCUCGUCAGUAUGGUGGCUGCGAAUAUGAUCACCGUUCACACAGCAAUCCCGGUGAUGAUCGGCUCGGAGUUGGGCUCAUCUCUCAUCAAUUCUUUCGUUUCAAUGGCCUAUUCGGGGAAUAAAGAACAAUUCAGAAGAGCUUUCGCAGCCGCCACUUUACCCGAUGUGUUCAAUUUCUGCACUCUUAUCAUCAUUUUACCGCUUGAAUUAUUUACAAGUGUAAUCGAGAAAACGAGUUGGUUGAUCGUUGACCCAUUAGUCUCUGAAAAGGGACUCACCUUCAAAACUCUCGAUUACAUCACUGAUCCGAUCAAUAAACUCGUACUACAGGUAAAUGAAGCAGAGAUUCGAAACGCGACCAUAGCCAGAGAUUACUUUUCCCCUGAUCACACUUUCGUCAAUCGAUGCGUCUUUCCGAAUGGAUCGAGGAUAGCUAAUUGUCCAUACAAGCACAUUUUUGCCUACUCUUCCCUAUCGGACAUGUGGAUUGGGGUGAUCAUUGUCGUGGUCUCAGUUCUUUCGCUCAUUCUGUGUCUCUGCGGAAUUGUGCAUUUGAUCACGAAAAUGCUCGCCGGUCGUCUGGCAGUUCCAUUGAGGAAAGCUUUAGACAAAGAGGUGCCUCGGCCAUUCUCUUUCCUCACCGGAUACAUCAUUAUGUUUAUCGGAAUGGUCGUCACACUUUUGUUACAAUCGAAUUCAAUCUUCUCCUCAUCACUGACUCCAUUAGUGGGUAUCGCCGUUUUGGCAGCAAUGUCCGCGGAUGAGGCACGAUUUGAGAAAACCCUACACAUGGCGAUGUGUUCGGUUAUCUACAAUGUGAUGGGCACAACAAUGUUUUACGUGAUCCCAUGGACAAGAAAAGUGCCGAUUUUCUUGUGUAAACGCUUGGGAAAUGCGACUGCUGAGUAUCGUUGGUUUAUCUUGAUCUACAUAAUCGGCCUCUUCAUCAUCCUUCCAGCGAUCGUUUUCGCGUUAUCGUUGGGCCCUGAUUUUCUCCUUUAUCUUUUCUUGGCCGAGCUUUUUGGAGUGAUCGCUUUGAUUGGUUUUAUCAAUUAUUUGCAGGUGCGAUUUGCAAAAUCUCUACCUCCAUCAUUACGCACUUGGAAGUGUGUACCGCGUUGUUUCCGAUCGUUUCGCUUUUGGGACGCUUUCUUUAUGCGAUGUUUUGGCGGGAUACCGUUGAUUGGAAGAUUUAUUCGUGCUGGUCAAGAGGAAAAUGAGCCGACCGAAACGGAUAGUGUUUUGUCGGCUGAUUUUAUCGAUGAUCCACCGCUACCAAAAGUGAAUCGUUUCUCAAGGAGUACCGUUGUU